GAAAAACCCUUUGAGGGUUUUACCCCUUUGGCUUUGGGAGUGAAGAAGAAGGAGACCUUUCUAGUUUUUCAAUUUCAAUUGUAUUUACUGUUUUGUUUUAUUAUUUAUUUAUUAAUCAAUCUUAGGGUUUGAGGAUCUUGAAACCAAAAUCCAAAAUCAUGCAGGCACCAGUACUCGUUCUUAAAGAUUCUCUGAAACGCGAGUCUGGAAGUAAGGUGCAGCAUGCUAAUAUCCAAGCCUCAAAGGCUGUUGCUGACAUAAUACGUACUACCUUGGGUCCACGAUCCAUGUUGAAGAUGCUACUUGAUGCUGGUGGAGGAAUUGUAGUGACUAAUGAUGGAAAUGCUAUUCUCCGGGAAUUAGAUCUUGCACACCCUGCAGCAAAGUCAAUGAUUGAGCUAAGCCGCACACAAGAUGAGGAAGUAGGAGAUGGAACAACAUCUGUCAUUGUUCUUGCUGGUGAGAUGCUCCAUGUUGCUGAAGCUUUCAUUGAUAAGAGUUAUCAUCCCACGGUCAUUUGCCGAGCAUACAAUAAAGCUCUGGAGGAUGCUAUUGCUGUGCUUGACAAAAUUGCAAUGUCCAUAGAUGUGAAGGACCGUUCAACGGUGUUGGGGUUGGUGAAGAGUUGCAUAGGCACAAAGUUCACUGGUCAAUUUGGGGAUCUAAUUGCUGACUUGGCAAUAGAUGCCACCACGACAGUUGGUGUGGACCUUGGCCAAGGGUUACGAGAAGUUGACAUUAAGAAGUACAUUAAGGUUGAGAAGGUCCCUGGUGGCCAAUUAGAAGAUUCGAAGGUUCUUAAAGGAGUUAUGAUCAACAAAGACGUAAUUGCCCCUGGAAAAAUGAGAAGAAAGAUUGUCAACCCACGAAUCAUUCUUCUUGAUUGUCCCCUUGAGUACAAGAAGGGCGAGAAUCAAACAAAUGCUGAAUUGGUUAAAGAAGAAGACUGGGGAGUCCUAUUAAAAAUGGAAGAAGAAUAUAUUGAGAGUAUCUGCAUGCAGCUAUUGAAGUUCAAACCAGACUUGGUGAUCACAGAAAAAGGCCUUAGCGACCUUGCAUGUCAUUAUCUGAGCAAGGCUGGGGUCAGUGCGAUAAGGAGGUUGAGGAAGACAGACAAUAAUAGAAUUGCAAAGGCAUGUGGUGCUGUUAUCGUGAACAGACCUGAUGAAUUGCAGGAAUCUGAUGUUGGCACUGGGGCUGGACUAUUUGAGGUUAAGAAAAUUGGGGAUGAGUUCUUUGCUUUCAUUGUUGAUUGCAAGGACCCAAAAGCAUGUACUGUGCUGUUGAGAGGUCCCAGUAAAGAUCUUUUGAAUGAAGUGGAAAGAAAUUUGCAGGAUGCCAUGUGUGUAGCUAGAAACAUAAUCAAGAAUCCUAAACUAGUUCCGGGAGGUGGUGCAACAGAGUUAACUGUAUCUGCUACCCUGAAGCAGAAGAGUUCAUCUAUUGAAGGGAUUGAAAAGUGGCCUUAUGAAGCUGCUGCUGUGGCUUUUGAGGCUAUACCACGGACAUUGGCACAGAAUUGUGGGGUUAAUGUGAUACGGACCAUGACUGCACUCCAAGGAAAGCAUGCAAAUGGUGAAAAUGCAUGGAUGGGCAUAGAUGGGAACACGGGUGCAAUCACUGAUAUGAAAGAGCGCAAGAUUUGGGAUGCUUACAAUGUAAAGGCACAGACCUUUAAGACAGCCAUUGAAGCUGCUUGCAUGCUGCUUAGGAUCGAUGACAUAGUGAGCGGGAUCAAGAAAAAGCAGGCUCCUGGAGCAGGGCAAGCACCAUCGAAGCCCAAGAUCGAGGAAGAAGGAGAUGCAGACAACGAGCAAAUACUUCCCGAGUGAUGACAUCAACUAUAUGAUAGGCGGCAUUAUUUGACAAAAUUGCAGGUUUUGUUUUUAUGGGCUAUAUAUGAGUUUCAGUGAGCUGUUGAUUGUGGGACUUUUUAUUUUAUUUUAUUUUUUUCAAAUUUUGGUGCUGUUCUGAAUUAUUAGCUAGACUUUUGUUGGUUUAAUGGUUGAAAUGGGAUUUGAGGGUCUCUCUUUCUUAUUAGUUUUUGAUCCAA